AUACCACACAAGUUUAAAGGUCUGGGUAAGCAAGGACUAGCUUUGGAGAAUUCUAAUGGGCAGCCAGACUGAACGGCGUCUCUUCAAGGAACUAGUCAAAUUCAGGGAAGAGCCUCCUCCAGGAAUGAGACUAGAUGAUAAAUCUGUAGAGUCUAGUAUUAUGUGCUGGUUGGUGGACGUUGACGGGGCUGAAGGAACUUUGUAUGCCGGCGAGAAAUUCCGUCUUCAAUUUAAGUUUGGUCAGAACUACCCAUUUGAUUCUCCUCAGGUCAUCUUCAUUGGAGGUCACAUACCCAUCCAUCCUCACGUUUAUAGCAAUGGACACAUUUGUUUAUCAAUUCUAACAGAUGAUUGGUCACCUGCUCUGUCAGUAGCUGCUGUCUGUCUCAGCAUUUUGAGUAUGCUCAGUGGCUGUAAAAGCAAGGUUCAACCUCCAGAUAAUGAUCGCUAUGUUCGAACGGCAAGUGACAAUCCUAAGAAAACGAGAUGGUGGUAUCAUGAUGAUAAAGUGUGAUAUCACGAAACUUGACAUAUGAGGACUGUUUACGUAUAGGUUCCUAGGUAGUCUUACUGUUGUAAGGUGGACUGUGCUGUUUUGGACAAUGUAAACAACAUACUUUAUUGUAUCUAGAUACAAAAUUGUACUGUACAACAAGAUUCGUAUCCUUUAAUCUAUAGAUUGCCAAUGUGUAGCGUUGGAGUGGCUACAUGAAGUAGU